CCCUCCCUCCAAUGCAAGCCACCAUGGAUCCCCACCCAGGAACCUUCCCCGUUCUCUCCUACGUCAUGUCUCGUCUCCCUUCCUUCGGCCCCAGAAGCCCCGCCUCCAUCUCCGCCUCCUCCGCCUCCGCCUCCACCUCCGACUCCGCCUCCACUUCCCGUUCCCAUCACGUCGACAUCGAACAGCCACCUCACUCCGAUGCUUCCUCUUCCUCCAUCGUGGGCCAAAUGCCCAAUCUAGCCAACCCGGAAAUGCUGGCCUCCAUGACCCGCGCCAUCUCCGACGUUGCCCAGGCUCGAUCCGUCUUCAAGGUCAUGGGGCCCCGGCCCACCCACGAGGAGGUCGACGAGGCCAAGGCUAAGCUAGCGGACCUGGAAGCCCACCUGUCCCGCCAACUGGAAGAGAUCGUGGGCCUGCCCAGGCCCCCGGAGAUCGACGAGGCCCGCUGGACUGCCCACAUCGCGGAGAAGGAGAAGGUCAUCAAGGAAUCGACGGAGAAAGAGAAGCGCAUUUUGAAGUCCAUCAUUCAGCUCGACAACAUGCACGACGCCUACGGUAAGCUCCUCAAGGACGCCGAGAAGCGCUUGGUCAAGAUUUACGAGAACGACGGCGCCGACUACGACAACAACAACGAAAACGAAGAGGACGACGAGGACAGUGUUCAAGUGAAAGAACAGGUUGAGGGGAUUUUGAAAGAGGCCUACGGAAAAGGGGUGGAGCGAAUCGCUCUCUCCGGCAAGCGCCUCAAGUACCUGCCUGAAGCAUUUGGCCACAUUCCUGCAUUGAUCGUCCUCGAUGUCUCCACCAAUCAACUUUCGGUGAUUCCUGAUUCCAUAUGUGGAUUGGAAAGUCUCGAGGAGCUUAAUCUCUCUUCCAAUGCUUUGGAGUCGCUACCCGAGUCAAUUGGCUUGUUGCAGAAGUUGAAGGUCCUCAAUGUGUCCGGAAACAAGCUGUCUGCUCUUCCUGAUUCCAUUAGUAAGUGCAGUUCAUUGGUGGAGCUAGAUGCAAGCUUUAACAGCCUGUCGUAUUUGCCAACAAACAUUGGAUUUGAGUUGCAUAAUUUACAGAAGCUUAUGAUUCAGUUGAACAAGAUUCGAUCUCUUCCCUCGUCAAUUUGUGAGAUGAAAUCCCUGCGUUAUCUGGAUGCUCACUUCAACGAGCUGCGCGGGCUUCCUGUUGCGAUUGGGAAAUUGACUAAUCUUCAAGUUCUAAACCUGAGCAGUAACUUCAGUGACCUCAGAGAACUUCCAGAGACGUUUGGUGAUUUGAUCAACCUCAGGGAGUUAGAUCUGAGCAACAACCAAAUUCAUGCACUUCCUGAUUCUUUUGGUCGCCUUCAUAACUUGACCAAGCUAAACUUGGAACAGAAUCCUGUCGAAGUGCCACCUAUGCAUGUUGUGGGUGAAGGGCUCCAAGCCAUAAAAGGGUUCAUGUCUCAGAGAUGGAUUGAUAUAUUGGAGGAGGAAGAAAGGAAAACCACCCAGGAGGUGCAAGAACAAGGAGAAAAUGGGUGGUUAACGCGAACCACCUCUUGGCUGAAGAAUGUUUCUGAAAAUGUAACUGAGAUGAUUAUGUCCCCAAAAACUCCCAAAGAAGCGUAUCUUAAUCAGCAGCUAUGAGCCUAUGGCUGGGGACUUUCUUUGAUGCUUAUUAUUAUGAGAUGAAGAUCAUAACAUACACACUUACUAUCUGCUGCCAGUAGGCUUCCCAGCUCUUCAGUCUUCUUUGGUUGAUAUGCAUGCUACUGCAUAGCAUCUUGCGGAGCCUGCAAGUUAACAAUAUUUUCCUUUUUCGCAAUUAAGAAUAGUUUUGCUUACAGGCAAUUGGUAAACUAAACACAAUUUACUAUUUUCUAUUACUUCUUUUC